AUGUUUGGCAAAGGCCUUCUGGCAAUCCCCUUCAUCGGCGUAUUAGCCAUUCUCUGGGCUGUGCUCCCUCCUCGCCACCCUCGAAAUAUCCCUGCCAUCCCAUUUUGGGUGACCUUACUUUCACUUUUCUGGGACAUCGAUCAAGAGCAAAUCUACAAACAGUAUAUCCAGAAACCUCUACGAACUCAUGGGGCGGUAAAGAUCUUCUUUGCAGGGCAGUGGAAUUUGCUUGUACAGCGAUCCAGUUACCUAGCGGAAAUAUUCAAGAAUGAGGAGAUUUAUCAGAAAAGUGGAAAUCAGAUAAAGAUUCCCCAUAGUGUGACAACAUUAUCUCGUCUCGAGACAAGGAUUGGCGGCUUUAUCGAGAUCAUUAAACCCGGUCUUCAAGGCACCUUCGACACAAAGCUGAUAGUAGCUAAUGCGCAAAAGCUGUGCUCUUCAAUUCAGGCAUUGCAAUAUGCAACUGGAAACGGUGGAGUACCGGUCCAGGACCUCGUACAACAGUUCACUAUCGCCAAUGUAUUGCAUGUCAUCUUGCAAGCGGAUCCGAAAAAAGCCACAAAUACCGAUGAACCAUACCUCCAUCAACUACAACUAGCCGUGAAGAGGGAAGUAUUCAAGCCGAUUUUCAUGAACUUUCCAAUUCUGGACAGGCUCAGUGCGAUUAUCCCGUGCCGUAUGCGGGCUAGGAACAUGGUGAAGCAAUUUUCAGCUGAGUUGGAAAUUUGCAUUCGCCAGGGACAGCCGGACACGCUGGACUCACCAAAAUCACGAAAUCUUGGAGCACGGUUGAUAGCAGCCAAAGAAUGUGGUAUUAUCACGCAAAAGCAGUUUCAGGAUAAUCUGAACGUAAUAUUUGUUGCUGGGCAGGAGAACCCCCCAGCUCCUGUUAAUAUCGACGCUGUAUUUGCUAGCCAAGCAUCCAUCUGGGGUCCAACAGCGGACGAAUUCCAGCCGGAACGGUGGGGUAGCACUAAUUUAGAGAUUUUGCAAAGGAACAGGCAAAGAAGAGCCCGCGCGGAAUUCGUUUCCUUCCAUGGCGGGAGUCGGGCGUGCUUGGGAGAGAAGUUCGCUCUCCUGGAGGUGAGAGUGGCGCUCGUUAUCCUUACAAAGAGAUUCUCUUGGACAUUGGAUCCUGAGUGGCCGGAUCGGAAGACGCCGGUGAGUAUUCCCUCAUGA